AUGGAGACAAUUAAACCAACACCUGAAGAACUGAAAUUCUGUAUGAAAGAGCCUGAAUGUAUCCGAAAUGUGUGCAUACUAGCCCAUGUUGAUCAUGGCAAGACAACUCUGGCUGACCUCCUUUUAGCCACUAACCGCAUAGUUAGCAAACGAAUGGCUGGCAUGCUCAGAUUUCUGGAUGAUCGCCCUGACGAGCAAGAAAGAGGAAUCACUAUGAAAAGCAGUGCUGUAUCCCUUUUAAAUAUUGUCCAAGAUGAAGAGUUGAAUAAAACAAGAAAAAUCUUACUAAAUCUGAUUGAUACUCCAGGGCAUAUAGAUUUUUCAUCAGAGGUAGGGGCAGCAGUAAGAGUUUGUGAUGGGGCCAUAAUUUUAGUUGAUGCAGUUGAAGGUGUAUGUGUACAAACUAGAGAAUCAAUUAGUAAGGCCUAUGAAGAACACACAAAAAUGAUAUUAGUUAUUAAUAAGCUGGACAGGUUGAUUAUGGAGUUGGAUCAAGAUAUUGACCUUAUGUUCCAAACAAUCAUCAAAGUUAUUGAGGAUUGUAAUGUUAUUGUUGCGGAACUGUAUCAGUACGGUUUUACUAAUGAUGAGGUUGAUAUUGAAGAUACAGGUUUGUUAUUUAGCCCCGAUACUGGCAAUGUUAUAUUUGCAAGUGCAGUUGAUGGAUGGGGCUUCACUACAAAGCAAAUGUCUAAAAUGAUGAUCAAUAUGGUAAAGAAUGAGACCAUUGAUUCUCUGAAUAAAAAAAUGUGGAAUUUUGAUAACUGGGUAGAUUCUAAAGGAGACAUUAGAACUGGUGCUGUGGAUAAACAAAAGCCAAACAUUUUUGUUCAGUUUUGUUUAAAAACAAUAGUGUAUAUUUAUCAAACUUUAGCAAUAAGAAUGGAAAGAGAUAAAGUGCCUGGUAUCCUUAAGAAGUUAAACAUUACCAACCCGACAAGAGAAAUGUUAACAUCAAAUGAUCCAAAAAAUCAGAUAAAAUCAAUAUUUUCUGCAUGGAAACCUUUGGCUCAUACACUACUUUUACAAUGUCUAAAUAUAAUACCAUCCCCCAAAAAUAUUGGCAAAACCAAGAUUGAAUAUCUACUGAACUCAAAUCACUAUAUUGAAAAUCCAUAUUUAAACAAAUGUGUAGAAGAAGUGACCCCCUAUUUUAAAAAUAUUUCUUCAGAAUCUCCUACUAUCUGCUAUGUUUCAAAAAUGUUUUGUGUAAAUAAGAAAAAUCUAUCUCAAAACGCCCCCAAGCAAUUUAUUCCUAAACCAAGGCAAGUGGGAAGUACUACUUCAAAUAUGGAAGCUUUAUCUCUUCAAGAUAAGCCUGUUAAGGAAGAAGAAACUGAAGUUAAAGAACUAACCCCUGAAGACAAAAUUAAAGAAAUUUCAGAUGAAAUUGCUGUGAUAGGCUUAGCAAGAGUGUUUACUGGUGCCUUAAAAGUAGGACAAGAAAUGUAUGCAAUGACGGCAGGGUAUCUACCAGACUCAGACAAAAUAGCCAUAAAUCCUGAAGAAUUUAUUUCAUCAAAUAAAUAUGUCCAUAAGAUACAAAUAAAGGAAUUAUACAUGCUUUUUGGAAGAGACCUUACCCAAGUAGAAUCAGUUCCUGCAGGCAAUUUUUGUGGAAUAGGUGGAAUAGAGUCCAGUGUCUUAAGAACAGCAACUUUAUCCACAAAGCUAAAUAUAGUUCCCUUGGUUGAACAUCCUUCAACUUACCCAGUAGUUAGAUAUGCAAUUGAACCUAUUAAUCCAAGAGAUCUUCCAAUUUUACGCAAUGGACUUAAAUUACUUAUGCAAAGUGAUUCCUGUGUCCAGGUUAUGAUGCAAGAGACAGGGGAACUAGUUAUUUUGACUGCAGGUGAUGUACACUUGGAUAAGUGCAUUGAAGAUUUAAAAACCAAAUUCGCAAAGGUUGAAAUUCAAGUUUCCAGCCCAAUGGUUUCCUUAAGGGAGACAGUUAAUAAUAAUUCAAUGAGUUUUGAACUUGAGUUGACUACAGGCUAUAUGAGUCUGUCAUUGAGUAUUGUUGCUUUACCUACAGAAAUUGCUGAUCUAGUAAAGAGCCAUCAUGAACUUCUCAUUACAAUUGAGGAGCAUAAUCACAAAAGUUUGAUUGACUUAAUUAAGUGUUUUAAAGAGGAGGAUCAGAAUGAUAUAAAAUUUAAAGAGUUUAAAAGUGAUUUAACUAACCGUAGUGUGGCUCACCUAAAAGACUUACUGAAUUCCACUUUUAACCAAUGUGGCUCCAUAUGGAAAGGCUUAGACACAAAAAUAUGGAGUGUAGGAAAACUUGAUGAUUGCCCAAAUCUACUUAUAAAUUGCACCAAAGACUAUACUCAAAAUAUUUUUCUGGAAACAAAUACUAAGGACAAAAGAACCCUGCUUGGUCAAUGCUUAGUGAACCCUUUUCAUGCUUUCUCAAAAGCUGGCCCUAUAUGUGAAGAACCUUUAAUGAAUUGCGCUUUUAUCAUUAACAAGUUCGAAUUAGUUAAGGAUGUUGAGCCUGAAGAAAUCACACCCCAGUUAGUUUCUUCUGAGGAAUCAGCCGUUAUGAAAACUAUGAAGAAUUGUUUUGAAAAACAAGAACCGAGGCUUAUGGAACCCAUGUAUACAACUAGUAUCCAAGUCAAUACCAGUAUUUUAGCCUUAAAAUAG